CAAUGAUUAUAUAAUUUACACAUAAUCAUCGCAGUCAAAUGCAAACAACUUGGUGUAGCGUGGGCAUAUCGGUAUAACAAGUGCAGUUGAGUGAACGUUUAUCAGUGCUCUAGAAUGGCCCCUCAAAUUAAAUACACAAAAAUUUUUAUAGAUAAUGAAUGGGUCGAUUCCAAGAGCGGAAAAACUUUCGAGACUUACAAUCCUCAUGAUGAAUCCGUGAUUGCGAAAGUGGCUGAAGGAGAUAAGGCUGAUGUGGACGAAGCGGUGAAGGCAGCCCGUCGCGCGUUCCACCGCAACUCUGAGUGGCGUUUAAUGGACGCGUCACAACGAGGUCGGAUCCUUCAGAGGUUCGCAGAUCUCGUGGAACGGGAUGCCAAGUAUCUCGCUGAACUGGAAAGCUAUAACAAUGGCAUGGUGCUCAGUUUCUCUAAUUUUAUUGUGGCAAAAGUUAUACCAUGCAUUCGAUAUAUUGGCGGUUUGAGCGAUAAGAUACAGGGAGAUACCAUACCGGCAGAUGGCGAUGUAUUUAGUUAUACUUUGAAGCAACCCGUCGGAGUUUGUGGUCUUAUUUUACCAUGGAACGGUCCGAUUGUCAUAUUUGUUUACAAAGUCACUGCAGCUCUUGCCGCUGGUUGCACGGUGGUCGUAAAGCCUGCAGAACAGGCCCCAUUAACGACUUUAGCCCUGGCGGCGUUGCUUGCGGAGGCUGGUGCUCCUAAGGGUGUCAUCAACGUGGUUCCCGGUUUCGGGGAGACGGCCGGAGCAGCGCUCACACGUCACAAAGAUGUUGCUAAAAUAUCAUUCACAGGAUCCAUUGAGGUUGGCAAGUUAAUUCAACAAGCGGCAGGAGUCAACAACUUGAAAAGGGUGACUUUAGAACUAGGCGGUAAAAGCCCACUCGUUAUUAUGAACGAUGCCGACCUAAAUGUGGCUGUGCCGUGUGCUGCUUCGGCAAUAUUUUCAAUGCAAGGACAAGUGUGUGUCGCUGCAUCGCGCUUAUACGUCCAGUCGGAUAUUUACGACAAGUUCGUCGCGGCGGCAGUCAAGUACGCUCAGUCAAUUAGAAUUGGAAAUCCCUUCGAUCCUACCACACAACAUGGGCCUCAGGUGGACGAGGUUACGAUGAGGAAAGUUUUAGGUUAUAUUGAAAAGGGUAAACAAGAGGGUGCAAAAUUAUUGACGGGAGGCAGGCGUGUCGGUGAUAGGGGUUAUUACAUCGAACCUACUGUGUUUGCUGAUGUCAGGGAUGAUAUGACCAUUGCAAGGGAAGAGAUAUUCGGGCCGGUCCAGAGCAUCUUUAAAUUUGAUACGCUUGAAGAGGUGCUGGAACGAGCCAACAACACGACAUUUGGCCUUGCCGCUGGUAUCUUUACAACAAACGUUAACACGGCUUUACAGUUCAGUAAACACGUCGAAGCUGGCGUCGUUUGGGUAAACACUUAUCUGACCAUAGGCUCCCAUACUCCAUUUGGGGGUGUCAAAGAUUCUGGUGUUGGUCGUGAAAAUGGGCCGCAGUGUUUGGAUCCGUAUUUAGAAGUGAAGAGUGUAACUAUAAACCUGCCUAAGAAAAUUUAAAUGCCACCAUGAUUACCUCAUUAUAUUUGGAAAUAUAAAAACAAUCAAUAAUAAAUUAUAUAUAUAUAUUUUAUGUUUUUUAUAUAAUCUUUCAACUGACUUGUAUCUAAAUGGAAAUGGAAGAAACUUUUAUGGUUCUUAUUAAACUAUUAAAUAUGA